AUGACAGCUACAUAUCAAAUUUUAGGUAGAUCCGUGGGUUCCCAUCAAUUAGCAUUGGCAACUUUAGGUGCUGUGGUCUUUCUUGCUGUUCCUAAACCAUGGGGUCCUCCAAAAGCAACCACACCUGCUAUCAAUGCAAGCUCUCCUGAUGAGGAAAAGUUCGUGAAGGAAUGGUUAGCUAAGAAUACUCCCAAAGAAGAGCACCAUUAA